AUACUGAGCGUCUCUAUACAGUAGUGUUCGAAGAGAUCUGUGGGCGUUUUGGAAAGAAGUAUACAUGGGAUGUAAAAUCCUUGGUUAUGGGUAAAAAAGCCCUAGAAGGGGCAGAGAUUAUUCGAGAUGUUCUAGAUCUUCCAAUAACCAAAGAAGAGUUAUUACAGGAAAGUAAAAUGAAACAGGAGAAGAUAUUCCAUACUGCUGAGUUGAUGCCAG